AUGUAUAUGCUGUGCGGUUUAGGUGUUUUAUUGGGGUCACACCGACUGUGGACACACCGAUCAUUUAAAGCCCAUUUGAGUGUCAAAAUAGUAUUAAUGAUUUUACAGACAAUGGCUAUGCAAAGGAGUGUCUAUGUCUGGAGUCGUGAUCAUCGGAUUCACCAUAAGUUUUCCGAGACCGACGCCGAUCCUCAUAACUCCAAAAGAGGAUUAUUUUUUGCACACAUCGGUUGGCUMUUUCUCAAGAAACAUCCGGAAAUGCUUAAGAAACGUCAAGAAGUAGAUGUCAGAGAUCUUAAAGCAGAUCCAGUAGUUAUGUUUCAGAAACAGCAUAUGAUUUUACUCUCAUUACUGGUGGGUAUUAUUAUACCAGUAAUUAUACCAAUGCUUUUAUGGGACGAAACUUUGAUUAAUGCAUUCAUUGCAAACAUAAUCCGAUAUCUCUAUGCACUUCAUUCAACAUUUUUGGUCAAUUCUGCGGCCCAUAUGUAUGGCCUACGACCGUAUGAUGAGAUAAUAGAGCCCAGAGAGAGCUCUUUUGCCAUAUAUUUUACAUUUGGUGAGGGAUAUCAUAAUUUUCAUCACACUUUUCCAUACGAUUCAAAUAGUUCAGACUAUGUUACUAAACGCAAAGCAAUGGUAAAAAAUAAAUUAAACAAUGAGGACAGGGAGGACAGGGAGGACAGUGUCAACUACUGGGAUAAUCUUUAUGGCUUUGUUUAUAAUUCUAGUUUUUUCUGGAUUUUUUAUUUAUAUUCGCUUAUGAUUUGA